AAAGUCAGCUGCAAAAAGGGAAUAAUCUAGAAAAUAACGCCUCGCGGUACAUCCAGAUGCUGCACAUGAAAGCGCCCUGUUUGCUACCGGCAGUGAUUGCUGUAAGUGAUUGUCAUAAUCCAACAAACUACGCCGCACGCCUGCAUGAUGUCUCAGCCUCACUGCAGGAUGGGUGUCUUAUACAGCUCGAUCUUCUCCCUUUCUUUGCUCCCUUUGAGUUCCCUUCCGUCUUGAUCCCCAAGUGGUGUCUUUCAAGUUUUGCUCAUCGUCAUGUUAUUUCUCGUUUUCACUUAUUUCUUCGUUUCAAAAGCCCCAUUAUCUUCCGCGCAUCCCUUGGUAGACCCUCGAGGCUCCCCCAAAAAUACCACCGAUGCUGCGAAUAUCACGUCGGGCUGGGUGAGCACCCCAAAUGUACGAGGGACGGCCAACAUCCUGAUAUCCAGCCUCACAACUCUUGCUUUGUGUGCUUGGACAGCAUAUCAUCCAAACGUCCACCCAAAGAGAAGCAUUUGGCACACGUCGAUCCGCCGGCUAAAAUGGAUGCUCGCGGCCAUUUUCAUACCCGAAUGGGUUCUCUACUGCGCAUGGAGCCAGCGCUACACAGCCGAAACCCUCAAAAUCACUUUGAACAAAAUCCUUGCAGACAAAGCUGCUGCCGCUAGCGUGGACGAAGGCGCUGAUGCUGAAAUCGCACCGGGAGUCACGACAGCCCCAGCGCAAAAACCAGCUCCCAAGCAGACCGUCGAAAAAUGGACGACCGAAGCCGCCUUCUUCGCCACCAGCGGCGGGUUCGCUGUCCACUCUUCCACCUUCUGGCCCACGCCCAUCCUUACCUUCACGCCGGAUGGGCUCCUGGCGCUCGCGAAACUAAACUUGUUACCCGUCCCCGCGGUGACUAUGAUGGACAAAAGCAAAGCCGAUACCGGCACCAAAAUCCUCGUGUGUCUGCAAGCGGGCUGGUUCCUGCUGCAGACCCUCGCGCGGUUGGUGCAGCACCUGCCCGUGACGUUGUUGGAGAUCCAUGUGCUGGCGCAUGUGGGGUGUGCGUUUGGGAUGUAUUGGUUUUGGUUGCGGAAGCCCUAUGACGCGGAGUAUCCUAUUAUUUUGGAAGACGAGCGAAUACGAGAUCUAGUUGCUUUGUGGGUUGUGACUGUUGAUAAGGACGAGAGUGUUGACAUUGGAUUGAUUCGCCGCAAGCAGUCUGAUUUCAUUUAUUUCCAGAGCCGGCGAACGCGGUGGGCGUACUCGGUAAAGCGAGCUCUUGACGACUAUAAGUCCACUCCAGAAAUUCCAGGAGCGAGGUGGACUGAUGAUGGGUGGUUCAAAAAGACGUUUCCCCAGCUAGCUACGCCACCGAUACAAGCGAGGAUGGAACAGCAACUCCUUCGUAUGAAGAGAGCGUUGGCGAGUCUGGAUAAUUCCGUGGAAACGACAGCAUCAAGCGACGAUGCCAGGGACGUACCAUCAACCCCCCCAUCUCCAGCACCUCCCCCCAGCACUCCUCCACAACCUGAUGUCUCCACAACUCCACCGUCUCCUACCCCGUCUCCUACCCGGUCUCCUACCCCGUCUCCUACCCCGUCCCCAAACCCGUCCUCAAAUCCAUCCCCAAAUCCAUCACCACCUCCCUCCCCUUACCGCCCUCCCCACUCCAUCCGCCGCUCAAACGUCCACACCAUCUCCCUCUCCAACGACAUCGACGACCUCUUCGUCGUGCCGCGCCGCACCAACCACGUCAUCCAAGGCACCGCCACCCUCUUCACCUCGUCCCGCGACGAGCUCAUCAACCGCUCGAGCUCUUACCUCGCCGCCGCCGUAAUGGGCGCCUGCUACGGCGCCGUCCACCUCGCCGCCUGGAACGCGCACUUCGCCACCCCGGUCGAGAAGUGGAUGUGGCGCGCGUCCGGGCUCGCCUUCGCCGCUUUCCCCGCUGCGACGACGAUGGGGCUGCUCUGGAAUUUAGGGACGCGCCCAACGACGAUAUGGUCCUGGCCUGGUGUGACUUGGGUCUUUGACGCGCUCUGGGUGUCGUUCAUGACGAUGGAUACGUUUGUGUUGCUACCCGCGUAUAUGGGCGGGAGGGUGUUUGUGGUGGGCGAGUGUUUUGCGGGGUUGCGGAGUGCGGUGGAUGGGACGUAUAGGACGGUGGGGUGGACGGGAUUUGUGCCGCAUGCGGGGGGUGGGUAG